CGACAUCGACAGUGAGUGAAGUGACAAAAUUUGCGAUUUGUUAUUGUCUUUUGUUAGUGUUGUUAGAAAAUUGUUUACGUGAAUGUUGAAGAAAAUACACCUUCGCAAUAAACUUCUUACAAACCAACAAAAGGAAUAGUUCCAAUUUAACAGCGUGCCCUUCCUUACAACCUUGAUUCGUUCGCCGCAAUAUUUAUCAGUUAAUCAUUGUUUCGAGAGAUGCCUAUACUGUAUAGCGUUAUCUGUCGAGGCAGCACCGUUCUGGUUAAAUACGCAACAUGCGCUGGAAAUUUCGGGGAGGUCACCGAACAGAUCAUAGCGAAGAUUCCGCCGCACAAUGACAAACUCACCUACUCCCACGGGAACUACCUGUUUCACUACGUUUUAGAAAAUCGCAUCCUUUACAUGUGCAUAACGGACGAUGAGUUCGAGAGAAGUCGAGCGUUUUUAUUCCUCAACGAAAUCAAGAGGAGAUUCCAGUCUACUUAUGGAUCUAGCGUCGAUACGGCCAUCGCCUACGCGAUGAAUUCCGAGUUUUCGACGAUAUUAGCCACGGAAAUGAAGCAUUACUCAGAAUCUCACGAUCUCGAUACGAUAUCGAGAGUCCACAGCGAAUUAGACGAGUUAAAGAAUAUUAUGGUUAAAAAUAUUGAUAAUGUUGCAAUGAGAGGUGAAAGACUAGAACUUCUCGUUAAUAAAGCAGAUAACUUAAAUAAUGGGUCAAUGACGUUUAGAACUACUAGCAGAAACCUGGCCCGUUCGUUGUUUUGGAAAAACAUUAAGCUUUACGUAUUUAUCGGUAUUGUGAUAUUUGUGAUUAUUUAUAUAAUUAUUUGCAUAUCCUGCGGCGGUUUGCUUUGGCAAGGUUGCUUAUCACACAAGUAAAUUGAAUAUACUCGUAUUUAUAAUGUGCAAGUAAUAUAAGAAUGUUAAGAUAUUUUUUAGAUCGGAAUAGUUGGUAAUUUAAGGAAAGGCAUUUUUGACAGAAUCGUUGCGAAUUUUAAAGCACUUGUAUCUCUAAUUAAAUGCCGAUUAUUAAAAUUAAGACAUAUAUUCUAUUGUAUUUAGUUUGAUAACUUAAUCUGCUUUAUUUUUCAGUAUUUUAAGUAAUUCUCCUAAUAUUCUGUUGAAUUUGACUGUUGUGUAUAUACAUUGUUUUCUUUUAUUUCGUUUAUCUGAAUAUACUUAAGUCUCCAUUAUAAUUAAUGCUAUUUGGUAAAUGUUGAUAUUACAUAUAAAGUAUAAUAAAAAUUUUAUAAUUACUACUUUAAGACUUUCCUUAUAUUAUCUCCCUUAUUCCUUAUAUUACUACAGGCAAAAUAAGAAUUGGGCAAAUGGUCUAUAUGCGAAGAACAAAUCGAUAACAAUAACUUAUUAUUCCUACUUACACAUUAUUUUUACUAUAAAUAAAAUCAAAUGUAUACUUAUGCAUCGGCAGGUUUGGUUCCAAAUUUUUCCUCUAUUUGGACGUCUGCUUGGGUUCCUUCGAGUAAAGUGUUCCUUCUUAGCAACUCCUGGAGCCUCAUGGUUUCAAACUUCAACUUCGAAUACUCGUAUCUACAAUGUACCCAAUAUCCUAAUGUAAUGAAGGAGAAUGAUAGAACGGCAAAGUUCGAGGAUUUCUGCGGGUGACUGGUAAACAUGAACCUCACUAAACCGGAAAACAGGCCUCCUGUUAUUCCGUAAAACAUGCUAUUUCGAAAACAAGGGAUUUUGCCUACGUCUCUACCGAAAAUAACGAGAGA